AUGGCUUCGAAGCUGCUGAGGCUUCUAACACGAAGAAGUAUUUUCUGCUCCCCAACGGCUUCCAGCGCGGCUGGCAGUUCUCCGCCACCACCAGCCGAAGGAACGUCGGCCAUUUCUUCCAACUUCGAGACGGAUUUCUCCCAGCUUGAGCCCUCGGAAGCGUUCGUCGCGACGCUCCGUCCCGAUCAGAAGACGUUGCUUCCGAAGGUCGUCGAGGAGCUCCGUCUGUUCGCCUAUAUGGGCAACUAUGUACCUGAGAAGAUGUCAGACUACGACUGGAAACGGACGAUGGAGCUGAAGACGAUUACUGAAAAGGUGAAAAGACAUCAUGAAUAAGCUGGGCUUUCCCAAGAAAAUAUUAUUUAUUGAAAAAGAAAAAAGUUCUCUUCGGAUAAUGAAAAACUAAACGUUUGCUUGUAUCGCUGACUUUCGCUAUCCUACUUGAAAUAUUGUAUGAAGCCAACGACAAAUCGAGUACAUGAAGAAUCGGAAUUCUUGUCAUGAGAAAUUUUGGAACUUUCGCAAACAGUUCAAUUGAUUAACUUUUGAGAUUACUCGGUAAAAAGUACGGAGAAAAAAAUAUAAGGACCAGAACCGGAUUUUCUUUUAAUAAUUCGAGCAAAAAGAUGAAAAACAGUGAGGCCAAUUUUUAAGCCAUUGGUGUUUGAUGAGAUAAUCUUUCUUUAAAACAAAGCUUCAAUUUUGCGCAGAAAGUUGAAAUGUCUUUACAUUUUCAGCAUAGAAUUUCAAGUGUGUUCGAACUAUUCCGGGAUUAUUGACGCAAAAGCCUUUUCACCUGAAAAUAAAAUUAAAAGGCUUUGUUUCUAAGCAAUACAUCGACUUUUUAUUUUUCGAAAGCUUUAGCAAAAUUUAUUUCUUCAAGUUCAUUUAUUGAGUUGAGGUAACUUUCUGGGAGUACGUAGCGUUGACGCAACGGCGGCAGAAAAUGAAGGAGAGACGAAGAACGAAAUUCGCGAUCCGUUUCGCUGACGAUCCCGAGGAAGUGGCGCGGUACGAGGCCGGCGGCAUGGGCUACGGUCCGAAUCUUCACGCUUUGGUCCAGAAUCCUUUCCGGAUGAAGGAAAGAGUGCGGCGGAUCGAAGGGGCUCGUGUCUUCCACAGUAUGCAGAUCGAUGCGCCAAAGGUACUGUACUUCCUAGUCCAUUAUUUUCGAGCCAUUGUCCGCAGAACGUUUUCCUUUGCACGUCUGGCACAACUAAAUAUAAUGUAAUAAAUGGAAAUACGUUUUUGCGCAGUUUCAAAGAGGAAUAAAAAUACAAAACAUUUGAGGAUCAUUGGGAAGUAAAAUUUAUUAAUCUUCUUUUUGAGGCGAAACUUGAAAAUUCUCUCAAUUGUUUUAGAAGCUUUCAAGUUUACUUCAACCUUAUUUGGACCACGAAAAGUUUUUGUAGAUAUCUGAGCUUGAAUUCAAAUCGGCAUCAAUUAUUUGUCUAUAUAGUUCCUUGAAGCUUUGCACAGAGCUGUUUGACUUUGAAAAUCUCCGUUUCUGUGAUUUAAUACGAGAAAUUCCAGAUUGCUUUUGAUCUGCAGUACAUGGAGGGCUACUCCAGACGCACGCAAAUGGAAUUGGGUAGCCAAAUACAGUACACCAUCAGUGAAAAUUUCCAGGUAAAGAUUUUUUUGAUCUCGGCAAGAGAAAAGUUGAGCAGUUUUUUUCAAGAAGCGGAAUAGUGGUAAGGGAGAAGGCCGCAGAAAGGCAGUAAAAGAAUCUUCCAUCUUCCUAGAUUUUAGGCUUAGGAAAGGAUGAAAAAAGGGUAAAUGAUGCAAAAAGACAGCGAAAAACGAACAAUUCUAUGGAGCUUUUUUCGAUAUCUUCUGACUUUGUCUAUGUAUGAGAAAGCGGGGCCGACUCUCACAACUAGCCGCUUUCGGCUAGUUGUGAGAGCCGCUUUCGGCUAGUUGUGAGAAUCACCUGAAAUGUACUCCAGAGUCUUUCUAUUAUUCUGGUUUUUCAAAAAGGCAAACAGCCUAGGCAUUCCAUGGUAGAUGGGAAAGGAGUUUUUCCUAGUUUGAAAGAUUGUUCACCAUGGGAAAUUUGCAGGCAAAAAGGCCGCUGCAGCUGUCGUUCGUCAAUUCUCCGUCGGGUGACUUUACCGAGAAGUGGCUCUCCAACACGGUCGGCUUCUACAACGCCGAACAAGGACAGACGAUAUUGCCUGACUUCACGAGCAAAGGGAUCCGCGAGACGUUUCCCGAAGACCGCGAAGUGGUCUACAUCUCGAGAUUCGCGCGCGACGUCCUCGACGGCCCUCUCCGCGCGGACGUCUUCGGCAUCUGCGUGACGAUGGACAUGCAACGGGAAUCGUUGGGAGCCGCACGACGAGGCCGUUAUCGGGCAGUCCGUCUGCCGAUCCACAAGUACGUCAAGUGGGUGAGCGGCCCUCAGUACCUGCCCUUCCCCAACCUACUCAACAUCCUGCGACACGUCUACAGCAGCGGGGGCGACUGGCACGCCGCCUUCCACAAGUUCAUCGCCAAACGUCAUCUGCAGCCAGUCUCCGACGAGCAGCGGAUCAUCAACGCCGCCAAGCGAAAACAGAAAAUUGAGGCCAAGAAAGAGCUCAUCGAUGUUAUAACAAAUGCAACCGGAAACUCCUGA